AUGCAGCAGUACAAUCAGAAUGGACAGCAGGGUGGCGGGGGUUUGGCGCAACAGAUGGGCCAGAUGAACUUGGAUGGGAGUACGACACACCAGCCUAGAAAGAAGAAGGACAGACAUGCGUACCAUCAGCUUGAGCAAGCUGCGCCUGGUGCAGCAGCUGGGCAGCUCAUCAACGGACAAAUGGGAGCGGCACAACCACAACCAGGACAAGAUCUCGCACCAUGGCAGCAACAGCAGCCUGGUCAAGGAUGGCAGCCUCAUUCACAGCCUGCAUCACCCACGUCACCAGCGACUGCAUUGUCAGCAGGCACCCCCAUUGCAAUGACUCCCAAUGCCGGCGCGCAACAGGGUCAGCCCGGUGCGCAGGGCAAGGUGAAUCCAGAUCAGAUUCCGAGCGUGCCUCUGAGUCGAGACCUCCCCGCCGAAUACUACCGAAGCCAUGUCUAUCCCACCAUGGAACAGCACCUACCCCCACCCGCCACGACUCCCUUUGUUGCCUUUGAUCAGGGCAACGCCUCUCCCAAAUACGCCCGUCUCACCCUGAACUGCAUUCCCUCCUCACACGAGCAACUUGCCGCAACGGGUCUUCCUCUCAGUCUUGUUCUUCAACCCCUCGCCAAACAAUCCAGUGGCGAGAAUCCUAUCCCCGUCCUCGACUUUGGCGAGACGGGUCCCCCGCGCUGUCGAAGAUGUCGAGCCUAUAUCAAUCCCUUCAUGAUCUUCUCUAACGGUGGCAAUCGCAUGACUUGCAAUCUCUGCGGGCACCCGAACGAAGUCGGAGCCGAGUAUUUCGCGCCCACUGAUCCAUCUGGUGUUCGUGUGGAUCGCUUGACCCGACCCGAGCUGACUCUGGGCACUUGCGAGUUUCUUGUUCCCAAGGAAUACUGGUCCAAGGAGCCCGUCGGGAUGCGCUAUCUUUUCUUGAUUGAUGUUAGCGCGGAGUCUUGUACGAGAGGCUUCUUGCAAGGUGUCUGCGAUGGGAUCCUGGCUGCACUGUACGACAAGGACGACGAGAAAGAUGAAACGAAUGGCGAAGACGACACCAAGGGCGAGCCGACAUCGAAGGCUUCUAAAAUCCCCGUUGGAGCCAAAGUGGGAUUCAUAACAUUUGACCGGGAGGUUCACUUCUACAACGUCGCCAACGCCUUUCCAGCACCGCAGCAGAUGGUCAUGUCGGAACUUGACGAUCCAUUCUCAGUGAUCUCUGCAGAGCACCUCUUUGUCGAUGCGGCACAGUGCAGGAAGAAUAUCACCACUCUCCUCCAGUCGAUUCCUAAGAUGUUCUUCAACAUCAAGCACGCAGACACAGCACUGGCGCCGUCGCUACAGGCCGCCCUCUCCGCACUCGAAGUCACGGGUGGGAAAGUGAUUUGCAGCCUAGGCAGUCUUCCGACCUAUGGCCCGGGCAAGCUGAUCCUCAGAGACAAGGGAACUUCUCAAAACGAUGACAGCGAUACGAGCCGUAACCUCCUAAAGACCCUCGACAGUGCAGCGUUCAAGAAACUGCAAGCCGACAUGGUCAAGGCAGGCGUGGGCGUCGACUUCUUCCUCUCUGCUCCAUCAGGCGGGUACAUUGACAUCGCCACCAUCGGCUUGGUGGCUGAAAAGACCGGCGGCGAGACCUUCUACUUCCCCAAUUGGAGCUACCCACGAGAUCUUUUGCGACUGGAGAAGGAGCUCAGUCACACGAUUGCACGAGAUCAAGGCUACGCGGCGUUGAUGAAGGUGCGGUGCUCGAAUGGGCUGCAGAUUGCGCACUACGUUGGCAACUUGACGCAGCAUACCUUUGGCGCGGAUCUGGAGAUGGCGUCGGUGACGGAAGAUUCGGGGAUGUGUGUGACGUUCUCAUAUGAUGGCAAGCUCGAUUCGAAGCUUGAUGCCCACUUCCAAUCCGCACUCCUCUACACAACCACGUCAGGCCAGCGACGGGUACGGUGCAGCAAUGUAGUCGCCUCGGUCUCCGAAACGGCGCGAGAAAGCAUGAAGUUCGUCGACCAGGACGCGGUCAUCAGCGUGCUGGCGAAAGAAGCCGCGAACAAGAUCGUCGAUAAGCCACUGAAAGACAUCCGGCAAAACGUGCAAGACCGCACGGUCGAGAUCCUCACAGGCUACCGAAAGAACUUCUCCGGCGCCCAUCCCACCAGCCAGCUCGUCCUGCCCGAGAAUCUCAAAGAGUUCGCCAUGUACAUCCUUGGCCUGCUCAAGUCUCGCGCCAUCAAAGGCGGCCACGAGCCGUCUGACCGAAGAAUUCACGAAGCGAGACUGAUCAAGGGCAUGGGCCCCGCCGAGCUCAGCUUGUACCUCUACCCGCGCAUGAUUGCGCUGCACAACCUCGACCCCUCGGAAGGCUUCGCGGACGAAAGCGGGCACCUCAAGAUCCCCCGCGCCGUGCGCGCCUCCUUCUCUCAGAUCGAACAAGGUGGCGCAUACCUCGUUGACAACGGCCAGAUUCUGCUCUUAUGGCUGCAUGCCCAAGUCUCGCCGAAUCUCCUCGAGGACCUCUUCGGCCCGGGUAUGGAUGAUCUGCAGAAACUCGAUCCGAACCUCAACGCUUUGCCUGUGCUCGAGACGCUGUUGAAUGCGCAGGUGCGGAAUCUUCUGCUCAAUUUGGAGCAGGGCCGCGGGAGCAAGGGCUUGGCGAUACAACUCGCGCGACAGAGCCUUGACGGUGCGGAGUAUGAGUUUGCUCGGCUGCUGUACGAAGAUCGCAACGGCGAGGCGAGCAGUUACGUGGACUGGUUGGUCCAGCUGCAUCGCGGUGUGGGCAUGGAGUUGAGUGGACAGCGGUCCAAGGCGCCGGAUCGCACCAUCAGUGAAACGAUGCAGGGUUAUGCGAGCAAUGUCACGUUUUGGAAUUGA